AUGAUUGAUGCAAAGUUUGUAGGCGGAGAGCUGAAUAUAUGUUACAAUGCUGUAGAUCGUCAUGUUGAGAAUGGACGAGGAGAUCAAAUUGCCAUUAUUUAUGACAGUCCUGUAACAAAUACCAAAGAGAAAAUAACAUAUAAGGAACUUCUUGAACAGGUCUCCAAGUUAGCUGAUGUCAUGGUCAGACAUGGUGUGAAGACAGGAGAUCGUGUGGUCAUCUACAUGCCCAUGAUUCCACAGACAGUGUACUGUAUGCUGGCUUGUGCAAGAAUAGGAGCCAUCCAUAGCCUGAUUUUUGGUGGAUUUGCAUCUAAAGAGCUUUCUGUGCGCAUUGAUCAUGCAAAGCCCAAACUUAUUGUAACAGCAAGUUUUGGAGUAGAACCGAAACGGAAAGUGGAAUACAUAUCUCUUCUAGAAGGAGCACUGGCAAGGGCACAGAGCAAACCUGAUAAAGUUCUCAUUUACAAGCGACCUAAUUUGGGCCAUGUUCCUCUUGCCCCAGGUCGUGAUCUUGACUGGGAAGAAGAGCUUGCAAAAGCACAAUCCUAUAAAUGUGUCUCCGUUCCCUCAGAGCAUCCACUUUAUAUUCUGUAUACAUCUGGAACAACAGGCUUGCCCAAGGGUGUUGUCAGACCAACAGGUGGCUAUGCAGUUAUGCUCAACUGGACAAUGUCAGCUGUAUAUGGACUCGAACCUGGUGAGGUGUGGUGGGCAGCUUCUGAUUUAGGCUGGGUUGUUGGUCAUUCCUACAUUUGCUAUGGACCUCUCCUUCAUGGGAAUACUACAGUUUUGUAUGAGGGGAAGCCUGUGGGAACGCCAGAUGCUGGUGCCUAUUUCCGUGUGCUAGCAGAGCAUGAAGUAGCUGCCUUCUUUACUUCACCAACUGCAAUUAGAGCAAUCCGUCAGCAGGACCCUGAGGCAGCCUUGGGAAAGCAGUACUCUCUGAAAAGGUUCAGAACGUUAUUUGUAGCUGGUGAGCACUGUGAUGUGGACACGCUAGAAUGGUCAAAAAAGGUCUUCAAGGUACCCGUCUUGGACCACUGGUGGCAAACUGAAUCUGGUUCUGCAAUUACUGCUUCCUGUAUUGGUUUGGGGAACUCUACAACACCUCCGCCCGGACAGGCAGGAAAACCAGUGCCAGGAUACAAUGUGAUGAUUCUGGAUGAAAAUAAGGAACCAGUGAAGGCGAAGACUUUAGGAAAUAUUGUGGUAAAGUUGCCUUUGCCUCCUGGAGCAUUCUCAGGUCUUUGGGAAAAUGAGAAAACAUUCCAGAAGUUGUAUUUCCAAAAAUUCCCAGGAUAUUAUGAUACUAUGGAUGCAGGUUAUAUGGAUGAAGAUGGUUAUUUGUAUGUCCUGUCUCGAGCUGAUGAUGUGAUCAAUGUUGCUGGACACAGAAUUUCAGCAGGUGCAAUUGAAGAGUGUGUUCUCUCCCAUCAUGCUGUGGCAGACUGUGCUGUUGUGGGUCAGGAGGAUCCUUUGAAAGGACACGUUCCAUUUGCGCUGUGUGUCCUGAGAGAAGGUAUAAAGACAAAAGAGGAGAAGAUUUUGGAAGAGAUUGUUGAGCAAGUUAGAACUAACGUUGGUCCAGUAGCAGCUUUCCAGAAGGGGGUGUUUGUGGAACAGCUACCGAAAACACGCUCUGGCAAGAUACCACGUUCAGCUCUUUCUGCACUUGUCAGUGGAAAGUCAUAUAAGAUAACACCGACCAUUGAAGAUGCUAGCGUGUUUAAACACAUUGAAGAAGUGCUAAAGAAAAAUGAAAUGGAAUAA